AUGCAAGUGAAAGUAUGCACAUGUUCGUCUUCAUCUUCACACAUUCACUCACCAUGGACGCCAAUUCGCAAACUCAAGAUUAGACCCAAAACCUCUCUUAAACCCUCAACUCUCUCAAACUCUUUAAAAACCUCCAGCUUCAACCAUGAAUUUCAAGAAGAAAAUCUAAAACUCAGCCUCAACAACAGUAGUGCUCAAGAAAAAGUCAGUCUCCCAGUUGUAAUCCGACACUCAGGAGCUGUUUCAAGGGAUUUUUCUGUUGAUUUUGGAGGUGGGGUGGGGAAAUUGAGCAGAGUUUGUCGGUCUGCUGUGAGGGACUUUUUUCUCCCCAGGGAAGUGUCUGAUAAUUACUUGGGAUAUGUGAAAUGGAAAUUCUUGCAUAGAGUUUUCAGCUCUGCUCUUCAGGUUCUUGCUACUCAGGCAAUGUUUCGGGCAAUUGGGAUUGGCAAAUCUCGUGCACUCGCAUCUGCUGCUGCCCUAAAUUGGGUCUUGAAGGAAGGACUUGGGAGGCUGAGCAGAUGCAUCUUUACUGCUACCCUCGCAUCUGCUUUCGAUACCAAUCUGAAGAGGGUUAGGUUCUCAACAUCUGUUCUGUUUAGUUUGAGCAUUGGAGUUGAGUUGUUGACUCCAGUCUUUCCCGAGUAUUUCCUGCUUCUUGCAACAAUUGCAAACAUUGCUAAGCAGAUAUGCCUGGCCUGCUACUUAGCAACUGGUACUGCUGUUUACCGAAGCUUUGCGAUUGCAGACAAUCUUGGAGAAGUUUCGGCAAAGGCCCAGAUCCAAACAGUGUGCUUCGAUAAUCUUGGCCUGAUGCUUGCUGCAAUCUUGAACAUUUUGUUCAAAAACAAUCAGAGCUUGCUAGCAGGUCUACCAUUUGUCGUGUACCCAAUCUUUUCAGCUAUUGAUCUUUUUGGCAUUUAUCAAGGGCUUAAAUAUGUACAUCUGCAAACAUUAACUAAGGAUAGGCUUGAGAUAAUAAUGAACACCUGGAUUAAUCUGGGAUAUGUUCCUUCUCCAGCUGAAGUGAGUAAAGAGGAAGGCAUUGAUCUCUUCUGGAGCAAAGGCAAGGAGCUACUGCCCAUAAGAAUUGGUUGCUUAAAUCCCAAGAGGCAUAUACCGAAGCUAUCAAUGAUGACAAUGCGAUCAUUAAAUGAUAAGGAUUUCUACUUCAUAUGCAUGGAGAGCGUUACUAAAGGAUUCAACGAAAUAGGGGAUCAUGGCGUUCUUCUUUGUCUACGGGAAGGUGCUGGCACUUCAGAUGUUAUCAUGGGUUUAUUGCAGGCAUGUUACAUCCGCAAGGGUCUCCUACUAAAUAGAAUCAGCUGGGAGAAUAAUUUUGAAGGAUGUGAUUUCUGGGAGUCAAAUAUCAGGCAAUGGCUUAAUUUGAAGGAAGAAAGCAAGCAAUAUGCGCAACUUAAUCUCGUCCAUCUGAAUGAACAGAUGUCAAGAUUGGGUUGGGCAUGUACAAACAUUCUUUUGAGCACAAUGGAACAGGCACGAUAUAGUUUUGUAGCCGACUGA